UCCAACCUCUUCCGAACACAUGACCCGGACAGUUAACCGACUUAAUAAAUAUUUAAUUGACGCCUUAUUGUUGUAUAUUUAUAACGGUAAAAACGUGUUGUCGUUUUUAUAUCUGGUUAAUUUUUUUUUUUUAGUUUAGUAUUUUUAGUUUAUUUGUUUUAAUUUAUUAUUUAUAGUGCUUUAUUAGCCGGGCGACGAAAGCGCUUGCUGCCCCUUUUAGGCCCCGCCCUGUCCUAUUAUGAACCAGGACACGCGGAACAGCGUCUAAACCAAUCAGUGUACGUCUCAAGGUUCCACCGACUGCCGUUUCCUAGCAACACUGUUAAAAAAAAUGUCCGUGACGUCUACUCUGUUCUAGAGUAUUAUGGUCUGUCGGGAAUCCAGAACGGCGGUGAGCGGAGGAGGAAAAAUAUCUGCACUGCUAAGCUGCUAACACUGUGCUGCUGUUAGCUUCUGUUAGCUCUGCCUGCUAACGGUAGAAGCACUGGAGUAAACAUGGAGCUGUCCGCCGUCGGGGAGCGAGUGUUCGCCGCUGAGUCCAUUAUUAAACGCAGGAUAAGGAAGGGUCGCAUUGAGUACCUUGUGAAAUGGAAGGGCUGGUCCCCCAAAUACAGCACCUGGGAGCCCGAGGAGAAUAUUCUGGACCAACGGCUGUUUGUUGCUUUUGAGCAGAGGGAGCGGGAGCGGGAGCUUUACGGACCAAAGAAGAGGGGACCUAAACCCAAGACCUUCCUGCUCAAGGCCCAGGCUAAAGACAAGCUCAGGUCCUAUGAGUUCCGGAACGAGUCAAUUCGAGGGAGGCCCAUCUCCUACCAAACCCCCGAUGCCGUGGUCACACCCAGAGCAAGAGAGGGCCUCCGAGCCGUCGUUCCCACCAUCUACCCACCCAGUACGGUCAACCGUGGAGAGAGCAUAUGCGUCAGACAACUAGAACUCAGCAGCAUUGAGCACCAGGAACCUCAGCAAACCAGCACAGGUGGACUUGUGCACAUACCCAAAAAAAGAGGGCCGAAGCCUAAGCCUCGCUUCAAGGACAACGUCUGCAGCAGCAUCUCCACCCUGCCAGUCUCUGAGCCUCAGAAGAGGAGGGCGGAGGAGCAGGAGAGUCACAGUCCUCACAAACUGGCCAAGUACCAGGAGCUGGAGGAGAUUAGGUUGUUCAAGGCAGUUCACAGACAUCCUGAGAACCACGCUCACAGCCGCAAACAUCACCACCACCACCAUCAUCACCACCAUCAACAACAACAACAACAACAACAACAACAACAACAACAUCAGCACCACCGUGACCAGCACCACUACUCGGACCCCAGGCCACAUCCACACAGGACAGACCUGGACUCUCACAGGACUAAGGAGGCCUGCACCUACCUGAUGCCCACUCACUUCAAGAACAAGUCCAAAAUGAUUCCCAGCCAGAGACGCCCAGCCCAGCUUCCUCUCAUGGAGAAGCCCUACUUCCUGGACAGGCCGUCUCCAACCAGACUGGACGAUGACAUGGACAAAGUGUCAUGGAGGCCGACUCUGGGCAGCGCCGAGAAGGUCCUGGUGACGGAUGUGACCGCCAACUUCCUGACGGUCACCAUCAAGGAGAGCAGCACAUCUAAAGGGUUCUUUAAAGAAAAGAGAUGAUUGUUCUGUUGAUUGUUCUUUUGUUACAUCUUUGUUUUCUGUCACUGCAGCAGUCACUGGUGUCUAAAAGACACAGUCGUUUUUGUAUGUAUGUAUUUUAUAUAUAUAUAUAUAUAUAUAUAUAUAUAUACACACACACAUAUAUAUAUAUAUAAAGGCAAAUGACAUAAUGUGCAUAUGUAUAUAUGAUAAAGCUGGCCACCUAUUUAAUGAAUCCACCAAACGUUUUCCAAGUGUUUGUUUUGCAGCAGCCACAAGCGUUACUUCCUGUCGUGUACUCUCUGCAAACACAACUCAAUUUGGGUAUUUUUUAUAUAUAUAUAUAUAUAUAUAUAUAUAUAUAUAUAUAUAUAUUCACUCAAUGUUUGGAGUGAAUUUAUGUCCGUUAUUUUAUAACAUUUUGAAUUCUGGAUUUUAAAUCCAAUUUCUACCCAUUAAAAAAGAUCUAAACAAUUUGAUGAACUUAAAAUGCCCUGUUUAUUUUUUUUUAGAAAUGUAUAUUUAAUUAAAAGAUAGCUCAAGCACUUUGAAUGUAAAAGUAUUAAGAAAUAACUUUUUUUUUUGUUUCUGUUCUUGUUUUGUGAAAAGUCUCUAACAUUUCUAACUAAGUUUAAUUCACUCAGAAACAUUCACUCUCUUUAAUAAGAAACUCCUCCCUGGUCACUCUAUAUAAACUACUAAUUUCAUUAUAAGUAUAUAUUAAAUAUUCACGCAUCACUGAUGUAAAGACAAACAAUAAUAUACGGCUGGUGUCAGGUUUCCCUUUUUGACACUGUUUCUCAAUAAAUACCUAAAGUUUUGUCAUUUAAAAA